AUGGAUAUCGGGCCCUUCAUAUCCUCUGGCGCAUUGAGCAGGUCACAUUAUACCCUAGUGCGUAACGUGGAAGGCGCGUCGACCUCGCAAGAGGCCGACGGAUACCUACUGGCCGAGGUGGGGAAGCUUCGCGAUCGUUUGUCCCUCCCUGGAUUAUCUUCCAGACAAUGCAAAGAAUGUUUUGUUCUGAUCCUCUACUGCUCAAUGUCUGUGACUUCGAACAUAUUAGCCAACCAAGUCGAGUUUGCACUACACCAUGCUGUCAACUUGGCUGAGGCAGGGUCCACAAUACAUGAGCGCAGAAUAGGUAUUCAAUUCCGUGUAGCUUUGUGCGUGUAUCUGACCGUAUAUGAUACGGUAGGAUACUCAUUCUGUGCCGAAAUAAUGCCCCCAAACCACGAGCUCCAUCUCAUGCUAGUGAACACGCUUCGCAAAGUACGAUGA